AACCAGAAGCGGUACCAAUUAACUCCAAUAUAUAUUUUUAUCUCAUAUAAAAUGGAGGAAAAAAAGAACUUUAAAGAGGCCCAAAAUGCAGGAGAUGAAGUUGGCAUAUCUGACCGGUUUCAGUCAUUUGGAGAACAGACAUCUAUCCACGGGAUACGAAACGUAACGAAGGGAAACAGACUGAAACGAAGAAUGUUUUGGGUAUUAGUACUAGUUUCCUCGUUUAGUAUUUUGACGUACCAGUUAUAUACAUCGGUCAAUGAAUAUCUCGAUUUUGACACAACUACAAAUUUUAAGCACGUUUACACAGGAUCACUGCAGUUUCCAAAGAUAACUCUUUGCAACGCAAAUAUGUUCAGAACAUCAAGAAUAAUACAGGAUUUUCGAACUCUUCUCACUUACUAUAAUGAGGGCUUAUGGUAUCUUAAAACCUUGUUCCCAGCAGUUAGUUUUAUACCUGCAAACAUAGAGUCGCCAUUACCUUUUGGAGAUGAAUUCCCAGGUGGUGGUGAUGUCAAAGCUUUCGUUACAAGAAACGGACAUCUUGUUGAUACUAUGGUGCACAUAUGUACCUUCAAUGGAGAACAAUGCAGCUCUGAUGAUUUUGUGCAAACAAUGACAAAUUAUGGUUUAUGCUACACAUUCGUACCACCACCCAAUAAAACCCUUAUCGACGAUAUUGGAAAUUCAUACGGAUUGAGUUUAAUUUUGAACGUCGAAACUAAUGAAUACUACUCAGCGCCAAGAGAAAAUGUUGGAUUUCGAAUUUCUGUAACAAGUGAAAAUGAUAUUCCAGACUUGCAGGCAUCCGGAAUUGACGUCUCCCCAGGGGUACAAACUCAGAUUGCACUUCAGAAAUCUAAAAUUGUAAAUUUACCGCAACCGUAUGGUAAAUGCAUCGAAAAGGGCGAUAAACAACUUAAGUAUCUUAGCCAACCAUACACACAGACUAAGUGUAUAACCGAGUGUGAAUCGGAUUUUAUCGCCCAACAUUGCUCAUGUAGAAUGUAUCACUCCCCUGGAGACGAUAACGUUCCAUUUUGUUCACCAAAGCAAAUGAUUGAGUGCUUUCACUCUAUUCAUAAAAAGUUUGUAUCCACGAGGAAUCAGAUAUGCGAUUGUCCAGAGGAAUGCACGAAAGAGGGGUAUAGAAAAUCGAUGUCCUUUAGCGUCUUCCCAUCGAGUGGCAUUGUAGAUAUACUUGAAUCGACUAGCAAGUCCAGUAUCACUGCGAGCGCAUUAGGAUACUAUAUCUGUUUAUACACUACAUACGAAAUAUAUGAGAAGGGUGCUGAAGAAUCAUAUAAUUAUUUGGCAAAUUUAACAUCGCAGUUGCUCGCCGAACUUCAGCCCGAGCAACCAGUCAGCUCACAGCUAGUUGUAUGGUACUGCAGUCCUUUAGUAUUCAGAUUGUUCAACUUAACAUACACCAUCAAAUAUAUAAUGGCUUCAACUAUGAUUGAUAACAUGUAUUUUGGAUUCGAUGAUCCAGAAUACGCAACCGGGUUUAAUUCAUCGCUUUAUUUUACCAGCAAAAAUAUUACAAAAACAUACUAUUAUGAUUUAGGCCUUUUUGAUAUGCAAUCUGCAAUAGCUGAAAUACAUUCGUGCCGUAAUGUUUUUUCUACUGCCGAAUAUGUGAACAAUACAAUAUACGAGGAAUUCUUUGAACAAUUCUUUGAAGAAUAUUACGAUGCAGAAUACAAGAAUAUGCAUAGCUUGUUCACAAAAUGGCUGAAUAUUCUUAUUAAGGAAAACAACAAAGUGAAGUUGACAACAGAAUUUAUCAAAGCUAAUUACGCCCGAGUUGAUAUCUAUUUUGAAACGCUAAAAGUGGAGGAGUUAACAGACCAACCUCGAUAUAAGUUGUUUUCACUCAUAUGUGAUCUUGGUGGUUCUAUUGGUCUUUUUUUUGGGGCAAGCAUAGUGGCCGUCGUCGAAGCUAUUGAUUUCUGGUUUAUUCAGGGUUGGAAGAAGAAAGAAAAGUAAUGUUUCAUCUGCAAUCUGAAAUACGUGAACAGCGCUUUGACAAUCAGUGAAAACUUUUAAAAAAUGAUUUCAUUUCUUUGUAAAUAAUCGUACUGGUAUUAUAACAUUUUCAAACACCAAGACAUGCUCUAGGGUAGGACUAGCAAUAGGGUGUCAUCACGAAAUCACUUUACCGAUCGUUAAGGUUUAGAUGUGAAUGUUCCAACAGAAAUUAUAUUUGAUAUUAGACUUAUUUAAUCUAAUUUUAAUUAUAGUAUUUAAAUAAAUGAUAUUACAUUAUUAUUAUAUGAUAUCACACGGGAUAUCAAAAUAAGGUGAUUAACUCUGAAAGUCUAUUAGUAAUAUUGUAUAUCUUGUUUUGGACUUUAAGAUUAGGAACACUCGGCAGAGUGAAAACUUGAUUUUUACACUCUCUUAUAAGUGGAACAAAACUAGUUCUUGAAGCACAGCAAAUAUAUAACAGAGGUCAGAGCUACAUGUGGCUACUUGUGACUCUGACAGAAGGUCCAUAUGAUGUGAUAUUUUAUAAAUGACAAGACGGGAUCUCUGAAUGGGUACCUUUAAAAAUAAUUCAUAUAACAUAAUAAAGAGAUAAUUAACUAUGUAUCGUCUUGCGGUAAUGAUAUAUAUAUAUAUAUAUAUAUAUAUAUAUAUAUAUAUAUAUAUAAUGCGGAAACUAUAUAUAAAUAAAUUGUUAAACGUUGAAGAAGAGGAAUCUGGGAGGGUGGAAAAAAUAGGUGCUCCAACCAAGGAUCUUCUGCUGUCUAUGCAGACGCCUUAACCAAUUAGGCCAUUGAGGAUUUGUUGGGAAUUUAAAUCCGAUAAAGCAUCUAAUUCUUCCACACUCAUGCGCAUGCGUAUGAGACAUCACUAGUCUUUCAUGCUUGGCAAAUAAUAGAAAUCAAUAGGAUACACCCUUUUCUUAUCAGCAAUUAACGAAGAGACGAAAUCUCUGAAGAGAUGUUUUUUGUGAGUAAAUAAUAAUGGAAACCGCCUUGCAGUAAUGCAGUAAGUAUAUAUAAUUAAUUUUAUUAAAACGUUAAAAAUAUAUAGUUUUGCAAUAGCACCUUUCCAACAAACUAGAUUUGAAUUGUAUAGGUGUAAUUUAGUCCUACCUGGCGUGGAAAUCAACAUACUCAGUACGUGUGAAAACAAUGGCGAAAAAAAUCGCAAGUUGUUCUUGGGUGGAACUCAAACCCACGAUCUCCAGAUAAUUAGCCUGGCAUCAUACCUCAAGACCACCGAGCUUGCGCCUGAUGGCCAAGGUUUGAAUUCGAGUCAAAGUAAACAGCGGGUACUGCAAUAUUGAUAGUAUUGGUAUUGUCAUGAUGGAAUAGACAAUAACAGGAUUUGCGUCAGGAGAAUCAAGUAUAGGUGUAAUUUUGCCCUACCUGACGUGGAAAUGUAUGCUGAAUACUCAGUACGUGUGAAAACAAUUGCGAAAACAAAAUAACAAGUUGUUUUGAGGUGGGACUCGAACCCACGAUCUGAAUUUGAAUGAAUAGUAUUAAAUUAUAACAAAGUGAUAGUAACAUACUUAUAGAUAUAAUUGUAUAAUUGCUGCGAAGUUGCU